UUUAGCAGAUACAUCACAAUUUAUUUCAAUCAAUCAUCAAUUCAAUUCUAUCCCUUAUUUUCACCAAGAACAAAAAACAAAAAAGAAAACAAUGGCUCUUCAUCACGGCCGCUCUCUUAGUUUCCCAUCUUCAUCCCAUCCUGCUGUUUCACAGUUCGAAGACAACUUAUCCAGAUUGAGGUCAUCAGAAGCUACUUGUUCAUCGCUCUCAUCAUUCAAUGGAAAAAUAAAUGGCUUGAGAAAAUUGUAUGAGAGCAUUGACGAUUUCCUUCUUUUGUCUCACAUUCAACAGAUUGUUUCUGAGGAAUGUGUGAAUGAUUACAUUAAGCUAUUGGAUGCUUGCAGUUCAGUUAAAGAUGUCAUCUCUCUUGCAAAGGAAGAUUUAAGAGAUCUUCUGUCUGCAGUAAGGAGAAAGGACGUUCAAGGCAUCAAUGCCUACCUUUCUUCCAGAAAGAAGUCGAAGAAAAUGAUACAAAAGUGUUUGAAGAACUUGAGGCGUAACACCUCGGCCACUUGUGAUAAUGGGUCCAUAUUGAAGGAUGCAGAGUCUGUUGCCAUUUCCAUGCUCGAGUCUCUGUUGUCCUACGUGCUGGGAACGAAGGUGCACGAAAGCAAGAGAUCUUUGCUAUCAAAGCUGAUGCAUUCAAAGAAAGAUUCUGCUGACGAAAAUGAGUUCAACAAGGUGGAAUCAUUCUUGCAACUGAACCAAGAAAACGAGCUCAUGGAUUCAGACAUUCAAGUUGUUGAAGAAGAUCUCGAAUCAAUCUUCAGGCAGCUGAUCAAAACCAGAGUUUCCCUUCUGAACAUUCUCAACAAUUAGACUCAUUAUGAGAACAACAAUUUUGUAGAUUAGAAAAAUAAGAAACAGUAUGAUGUAUAGUUGUAUAUUUUUCCUUGAUCAUUUAACCUAACAAAAUAAUCAAAGAUUUCUACUA